UUAGUCGCCGCUAUUCGCUCAAAGAGAAAGAAAAAAGAAACGGCUCUCCUCACUCGUCUCCGACGCCUUUGGAUCUCGCCGAGCCGUCGACAUCGUGCCUCCUCGCCGCCGCGAAGAGGAGGGAUCGCACUCCCGCACGAACGAAGGAGCCAGGGUUCUCCGCCGCCGCCACUGCAGCCGGCCCUCCGGCGAACCUCCAGCCCGCGCCGCCGCCUCCCGGAGCAGCGCUCCUCUGCCGGCCCAGGAGUUUAGCUGUUAAUUCUGCUCAGCCUUCUUGUGUGGCUAUGGGGACAGUCGCAAUCUACAGCCUUUUCAUCAUCAACAAGUCUGGCGGCCUUAUAUACUACAAGGACUAUGGCUCAGCGGGGAGAAUGGACACCAACGACAGUUUGCGUCUGGCGAGUCUCUGGCACUCGAUGCAUGCUAUCUCACAGCAGCUGUCCCCUACCACUGGCUGUACUGGCAUUGACCUCUUACAGGCCCACAAUUUCGAUCUCCAUUGCUUCCAAUCCCUCACAGGGACCAAAUUUUUCGUUGUAUGCGAAACAGGCGCUCAAAAUAUGGAAAUCCUGCUGAAAACUAUAUAUGAGCUGUACACGGAGUUUGUUUUGAAGAACCCAUUCUACGAGAUGGAGAUGCCAAUCCGGUGUGAGCUCUUUGACCUCAACUUAGCUCAUGUCAUCCAGAAGGACCGUGUCGCACUUCUGAGCCGGUGAAACAUGAAAGGAACAUACGGAGCACAAUUUCGUGUGUGUUUCUCUACCAUCUUUGUAUUUGGUCACAUAGAACAUGGUUCUUCUUGAAAGUGAUUCUGGCUGGUAACAUGAAUGUGGUUUGCACUUUGAUAUCUGUAAAUCUGCUAUACAGUGCUGGGUUACAGCAUUUCCAAGACAGACGAUGUGUCUAGACUUUGACAUUGCUGAGUUUGAAUUUCCAUGCCUCCGUGAUUUGAACAAGAUUAUGUAUUGGUGGCCAUGUGGGUAAAUAACCUGUAUAACGGUCGGUAAUACCAUGAAUAUCAGAUGUUUUAUAUACUGGCUGUCUUUUUGGACCA